AUGCCAAGUGGCCAUUAUCCUGGCGGGCACAUCUCAGCCAAACCGGGAGCACCGCCCCAGCCAGCUGUCUCCGCCCGAGGUGGCUUCCCAAAGGAUGCUGGUGAUGGAGCUGCGGAGCCUUAACCCUCCCAAGCCGGGUGCCCUGAUGUCUCUCCCUCCCCAGGGCUGCUGGCUGGACUCUGAAAACUCCCUUCAGUAAAGGGAUCGGUCUUCACAGGCAAUGGCUGGUACUUGUCCUUCAGCCUGGGGUGGCAGCUCUUGCUAGCAGCUGGGUUCACUCCCACUUCAUCUACGCUGAAGGCAGUGCUGUGCUUUGAAAUGUAGCCAACGAAUACCCAAUCUACUUGGAUUUGGGUGGACCAGCAGUGCUCUCCAGAGAGGUGUGGCCCACUUUGGGGGUUCCAGGUGGUAUUACAUGUCCAUUUCAUGCUUUGGGGGCUCUUAGUCCCACCAAA